UAUUACAAAAAACCGUCAAAAUUAUCUAGAAGUUUAGAAUUAUAUUUAGUACUAGUAUAUUAAAUAUUAAAUACUACACAAAAUUAAUUAAACCCCUUGUUAAUUAAUUAAUGUGUGUAUAUUUCUCAGAAGAAAAAAAGGUGGCGAAAAGAAGCAAAAGAAAUAAAAAUGGUGACUUUGAAGGAACAAGUAUUAUUAAUAUGAGUAAUAAUAACACAAGCAGCUCAAUUGAGGAAGAAGAAGGAAUGAAUAUGAUGAUGAAGGAGAUAUUAAGUCCAAUGAUACCGGGUUUUAGUAGGGAAAGAGAAAUGCAUGAGAUGGUUUCUGCUCUUACUCAUGUUGUUUCUGGUGCUGCUGCUUCUUCUACUAUGAGUAAUGAUUAUUAUAGUCUGUGGUUGUCAUCGUCGUUGUCGUCGUCGUCGGGUUUUGGGGUGAAGAGAAGGCAUGAAGAUGAAGAGGGGAGAUUGUCUUUGGAUGUUGAAGCAGGGCAUGGGCAUGGAAAUUUGGUUUCUUCUUAUUCAUAUCCAUAUCUUCCUCUAAAAGAGGGACCAACAACAAGAGCAACAUCAACAACGUUCACAUACACUCAUCAAAAUCCCAUUAAAAACGAAGGCACCAACAUUACACCACUACCACAAGUUGGAGCAGAGCCAAGUAGAAGAAAAUACAGGGGAGUUAGACAAAGGCCUUGGGGCAAGUGGGCAGCUGAAAUUAGGGACCCUUACAAAGCUGCCCGUGUUUGGUUAGGCACAUUCGACACUGCUGAAGCUGCUGCCCGAGCUUACGACGAAGCUGCCCUUAAAUUCAGGGGAAGCAAAGCCAAACUCAAUUUCCCUGAAAAUGUCACUUUUCAGAAUGCUCCGGCAAAUAUUCCGGCGAUCCAUUUAACCAUUUCCAAUUCUCCAGCAACCCUUUUGCCGGCUUCUCGAAAUAACGAAGAAUUAGUGCAAAAUCAACCAUUGGAGUUUUUACAAGAAACAGGGGAUUACAAGGAUUAUAUUGAUUAUUCAAGAUUAAUCAGUGGUUCAUUUGAUUCUAAUGAUGGUGAUUAUAGGUCAUUAAGUUUAUUAGAUCAAAUGUUAAUGUCUUCUUCUUUGUCUUCUCCUCCGCUUCCACAGCAACAGCAGGGUGGUUCCUCUGUUUCUCUACCUUCUUCAUCAAUGUCAACCUCACCAUUAGCAUAUCCAACGGAUGAGAUUAUUCCACGUGGAAGUCAAAGGAAGAUUAAGGAGUCUAAGAAUUUAUCAUAUAAUUAGUAUGUUCAAUUAUAGUAGACUAAAGAGUAUUGUAGUAGUUUGUCUUGUCUUUGUGUUUUGGCUCUGUUUUCCCCUGUUUCUUUCUUCUUUGGGGGCCUUUUUAGGUUUGACUUUGAUUAGUUUACUCAUGGUCAAAUAUGGAAUUAUUUUCAUGUAAUACAUAAUUAAAUACUUAAUACACUAGUAGUAGCAUUGAUUUGAGGCUAAUUACUUGGCCAAAAAAAAGUUGUCAUGUGUCUUAAGCAAUGACCAAUGUUGCAAACUUGCAAUAAUGCCAUAUCCUUGUAAUGCUUCCUCUCUAGUAGGUUUUGCACAUUUUUUUACUUCAAUAUCUUUGCUUU